CAACAGAGAGAAAAUCAGUGUGGUAGCCCUCUACACUAUGUUUCUCUUGCUUAAAUGCUUUCUGUUGGACAAAAGGUACGAUAUUUAACCAAUUUCUGAAACAUUUAACGAGCUUUUAAAGUAUCUCAAAACGUUCAAAACGUUAAGAGCUUCGAACCUUUCAAAACGCGUGUAUCAUUCAGGUUAUGCAUAACACCUAACUGAAAGAGAAGGUUUUGAAUUACAAAGACUCGAACCCGAUAACAUACAAGAAGAAAUCUUUGUAUUCGACAUCAUGGGAUUGACUGGAAUUGUCUUUGUAAUCUUUGUGAUAUGGAGUUCGCUGAAAUUUUUUACAGGAGCACUGAUUAAACUAUCAAGCAACACCUCUGUCAUAGAGUAUGGACGUAGUUACAUCCUCGAAUGUAAUGUCACUGAAAUUCUUCGGAGCCGAGUAGUUUCUUUCCAGCACAAAACUUUGGAGAUUUGUAAACAACAUAUUUCCAAGAUUGAUGGGAAGACAUCUUGUGAGACAUACGACAACACGUCAUCAGCGUAUCAAUGUAUCUGUGCUGGGUAUUACAGAGAUGUGUCAGUUUAUAGAAUGAAGAUAAAGUCGUUUAAGGAAGUCGACGCAACUAAGUGGUGGUGUAGCGCUAACCCGCCCGGUAGUAAUGGACUAUAUCUAAGUAAUUUUGUCUACCUCUUUUAUGUUACUCUUUCUGGAAACGUGACAGAAUUCGAUGCUAAUGGUGUGGACUCAAUUACUUUUACUUGCGAAACAAGCAACAUGACAGGAAGUGUUACUUUUACGUGGAUAAACAAAACAACUAAUGGAUCUACAUAUAUUGAAAACAACCUGACUGCAUCUAAACAUGGCAGCACAUACCGACAAAAGCUUAAACUUAUUCCACACUGGUAUCAAGAUGGAAACAAAAUUGCCUGUAAAGUCGUUGAUGUAAGCACCAACAUAACAGCAAUGUCAAAUUCUGAAGUUUUGGAUUUGAUAU